CAUUCUCAGAAAAACCGAGGGGCACCCCUUUAAUUACUCCAUAGGAUUCCACAUAGUCUUUUGGUAUAAAUACCACUAAAUUCAUUUUUUUUAACUCCUCAUUUAAAACUAAAUCAUUUGCUUCGCUGAAAACCUUAAAAUAAAUCUUGUAUAGUGUAGGCGCAAGAGCUACGAUUUCUUUAAUUCCUUUGAUUUUAAGGUGUCUUAUUUUUUCAAAAAAGAAUAAGCCAUUUUUGGUGUUUUUGUUUUCGAAGAUGGUACUGUUCUUAGUCGAUACUAGUACAGCCGCAUCACCGAUGUGGCACUCACUAUACAACACUGUUUCUCUUUCGAUACCUACAUUUGAUGGGUUUAUAAUCGGAUUAGUAUUUUUAUUCAGUGUUUUAGUCAUUUCAGUAUUUCCAGUAAAACCAUUUAUGGCAUUUGUGUGAGAAUUGUGAACGGUCACACCGUCAGAAGCCUCCACCAUUUUGUUACUGUCAUCGUCUAUCAGCAUUUUGUUAUUUAUGUCUGUAUUGGUAUUGUCGCUUUUUUGUUCCUUGCGCAUCGUUUUUGCUGGGUACUUUUCGUUAGUCAAGCUGUCGAAUAUGUCCUCUUUCACACUUGAACACAAAGCACUGAAGUUUUUUGCUAUUGUUUUUUGGGUUUAAAUUUUGCUGCUUUUUGCCACCUGAUCAGGGGGUUUCAAUUUGGCAGACACCGAGUGACCGGCGUCCGCCAUACUUGCUGGUUUAACCAGAUUGCCAAAGACUUACCUAUCCUUUGGGAAAUGAAAAGAGGAAAAAUUUAUAUAUUGGUGAAGAUUUGUAUGAAAUAAACAAUGAUCCAAUUUUUACAAUCACUUUUAAUUAAGCCUUUGUUGCUUGGAAAAAGUCACUUUUCAGACUGUUAAGAAAAAACACGACCGGUCUCGCUCGCUGAUGAAAAGGAAGAGUAAAAAGAGUUUAAAAUGUAGUAAAUAAACAUUCGAAAUCAGUCCAAUUCUUUUUUCAAUCCAUGCGAUAGGCGAUAUCGAUUUUUGCUGGUAGGUGAAAUGACAAUAAUUGCACCAAAGUGGCUGCGUAAAUAUUACAAAGGCAGUGCACUGAAUAUUCAUUUCUUCAGAGAAUUUGCAAGCCUGCAUAAUGGAGGUAUGCGGCAGCGUUUUGGUUAACAACAAUUACCAGCAGUUUCGUUUGAAAUGCAUUUAUUGCACAAUUGAAAGCGACCUAAAAGAUUGGGAACAGUUCACAAUUCAUGUGAGAAAUGCCCACCACUUUGAUGAUGAUGAAAACAUUGACAAAAAUUGGAACGAGCAAGACUCAAGGAUGGACUCCACAAUCGCAUAUGAAGUCCCUCAGAUCUUAGACGAUGCGGAACCGAUUGAAGAAGUAGAUGACCAGAGUGUGUUGCCAUAUUGCAUACUCGAAGACGAGGAAUGGCCCAACGAUGAGGCGGAUGUGAACAACAUGCAAUACGUCCAGGAUAUUGAAUAUGACAAUAACAAUACAGAAUUCACGUAUGAGGAAAUGGAAUCGUCUGAAGUGGCGCAGGCCCCAUUAGAUGAAAUUGUCUACGACGGUUUUUCGAGCAUUGGUUCUCAAAAGGAUGAAAUGUUUGAUGACCUGGACAAUUUCUCGUAUGAUGAACAAGAAGAAGCAGAGGGCCCAAAAACACUAAGACUUGGCCGUCUCCCCAGAAUGACGCGACCCGGACAAGUUUUUAAAUUAAAGGUUACAUUUAUUCGACGCAAUCCUCGCGUGUUACACCUCAUUGAAGCCUACAAGGAGCAUCCCUGCCUUUGGAAUCCCUCGGACGAGUACUUCGAAAAUGAGGAGGCACGAUCGGAGGCAUACCACCUGAUGAUACUGCGAUUGGACGAAAAAGCCAAUGUGCUCUUCACCGAAGAAGAGUUAAUAAAAACCAUCCAGCAGUUGCACAGUCAAUACACUCUUGCAGCCCAAAUGGCUGGCGAGGAUAAGCUCAUUGGACUGGCGGCCCGUUGUACUCCCUGUACAACGCUAACCGACGACGAGGAAGAUAUCCAACUGAAUACAAUUAAGCUCAACUUCAAAGUAGAGAACGAGGUAACCAGCUCUUUUAUAGAUACAUACGCAAACUAUCCAGUUCUCUACAAUACCUCGGAUCCUGGUUUUGAGUCGGUGGAGCAACGUACAAGUGCGUACAAAAGGAUGGCCGUCGAAUUUAGGCCAGUGGUUCUGGCCAACGAUACGGAUGUUUAUAUUGCGAUCCAAAAACUCCGGAAAUGGGCAUACGAAGCCAUGAGGCGUAUUAAGGCGAAGGAACUAAUUAAAGCCGUCACCCCACAAGAACUUCAAUACCUGCAAAUGUGCAGCUUUCUACCCGUCAAAUCAGACGGCCACGUAUGGUACUGUGAACACUGUGGCAAGCGAUUCCACGGGGACUACAACCUCCUGACGCACAUGUUCAAGCAGCAUAACCAGGGUGAACCGCCAUUCCUCUGUUCCCAGUGCCCAAGACGCUUCGAAAGACAACACGACAUGGAGAAACACAUUUUGCGAGCACACUGUGAACGUAAAUUUCAAUGCACAUUUUGCGAUACGUUUUUCUCGGUUGAGUGUGAUCUAAAAGUGCACACGAAAUUUCAUACCGGCGAGCGCCCAUAUGUGUGUGAUAUGUGUGGGAAGUGUUUAAGUGUAAUAUGUGCGAAAAAAAUUUCCGUAAGAAAUUCGAACUGACGAAUCACCUCAAGGGGCAUUUAAAUAUCCGUGAUAAGAAAUGCGACAAAUGCGACGCUUCCUUUUAUGACCAUUCUUCUCUGUCUAGGCAUCGUAGAUUU